CCUUUGUUUCGGACUAGAAAUAACACUCAUCUGGCGCAUUGCUUUGUGGGUGUGCGCGGCGAAGUAAAAUGGCGGACUUGGCAAACGAAGAUAAGCCUGCCAUAGCCCCUCCAGUGUUUGUCUUUCAGAAAGAUAAAGCACAGAAGCGAUCAGCCGAUGGAUCGAGUGCAGAAGACGGAGAGGAUUCGGAACGGGAGGAGAGUGAUUACUGUCCUCCAGUCAAGAGAGAAAGAACAUCAUCUUUAACACAGUUUCCUCCGUCUAACUCAGUUUCGAAGAAUAAUGUGUUCAUGCCGUCAAGUUUCUGCCAGUCUCCUACUGGGAACUCCGACUCAGAGCCAGGUGAGGUGUUGUGUUUUGCUUACUUAAAACUACAGUCUCACACA